AAGCGCUCCCCGUACUUUAAUAUUAAUGAGACGCAACGGCGUGAGCGGAGAUACUCCAGUGCGCGUGCGCUGCCCCGCGCCACUGCUCCUUCUAACAACAGGCGCUAGGGAGCAAUAUGGCCGACCUAGGCAAGAAGUACUGCGUGAACUGCCUGGCAGAUGUUACGAAUUUGCGGAUUCGCUGUGCCGAAUGCCAAGAUAUUGAACUUUGCCCGGAGUGCUUCUCCGCGGGCGCCGAAAUCGGCAACCACAGGCGAUGGCAUGGCUAUCAGCAAGUUGACGGCGGGCGUUUUUCGCUCUGGGGUCCCGACGCAGAGGGAGGAUGGACUAGCAGGGAAGAGCAGUCGCUGCUCGAUGCCAUCGAGCAAUAUGGAUUUGGUAACUGGGAGGAUAUGGCUGCCCAUGUUGGUGCAUCACGCACCCCUCAGGAGGUCAUGGAUCAUUAUGUUUGCAUGUAUAUCCAUGGGAAUCUGGGCAAAGCCUGCAUCCCUGACAGCAUCCCUAACCGUGUGACAGACCAUACUUGCCCUAGUGGAGGUCCAUUGUCCCCUAGUUUGACCACCCCAUUGCCCCCCCUUGAUAUAUCUGUGGCCGAGCAGCAGCAGCUUGGAUACAUGCCACUUCGUGAUGACUACGAGAUUGAAUAUGACCAGGAGGCGGAAAAGCUCAUCAGUGGCUUGUCUGUGAACUAUGAUGAUGAAGAAAUAGAGAUCGAGAUGAAGCGAGCCCAUGUGGACAUGUACGUGCGUAAGCUACGUGAGCGUCAGCGACGCAAAAACAUUGCUCGUGACUACAAUCUAGUGCCAGCCUUUCUGGGCCGGGACAAAAAAGAUAAAGAACGAGAGCGGCCAGUUGGGGCAGGAGCAGUGGGAGGGGUGGGUGGAGUCGUUGGAUCGGGAGGAGGUGCCACAAUUAUUCCGACAGGGUCUCUGAGCUCCUCUGUGACAGCAACCCCAAAACGUAAAAUCACCAAGGAAGAGAAGGAGCAGCGGAUUAAACUGUGUGCCCUCUGCCAGUUUAUGCCACAUCGUGAGUUUGAAGAAUUCUUUGAUAGCAUGCACAAAGAGCGCAUGCUGCGUGCAAAGGUUCGGGAGCUUCAGCGCUAUCGCCGGAACGGUAUCACGAGACUUGACGAGUCAGUCGAGUACGAGGCGGCACGUCACAAACGGGAAAAACGGAAAGAGAACAAAAGUGUAACUGGUUCAAAGAGAGGUAGUAGCGGUGGAGGAGGAGCAUCCGGGCUGGGAGGAGGGGUCGGAGCAGGGGGUUGGGUUGUCGGAGGUGGAGGAGUCAGUGCCAUCAAAGAGGAGGGGAAGGACAGUGAGUUUUCAGCCAUUGAGAACUUGUCUGGAUUCAGCUUGCUUUCAGAUCGGGAGAAGGUACUGUGCAAUUCAAUGAACCUUAGUCCCACACGUUAUCUGACUGUCAAGACUAUCAUCAUCAAGGAUCACCUACAGAAAAGGCAGGGCAUUCCCUCCAAAAGCCGCCUACCCAGCUACUUGGACAAGGUGCUGAAAAAACGUAUCCUGAAUUUCCUGUCAGAGAGUGGCUGGAUAUCAAGAGAAGCCUCCUAAUACUGGCCAAAGAUUUGGCUAAUGACUGUAAAUAUAUUUUUCUACUGUUUUAUAUUACAUCUCAUAAACACCUGUGAGAACAAAAAAGGUGCCACACUACUGGAGGUGGUCCUUCGAUCCAUCUAAUGUCUUUCUUUGAUCUCAUAUCUCAUAGGAACAUAAACAUGGUGAGUUUGCAAAAAGAAUAUUUCAGGUUUCAUCUGAAUUCUUAUUAAAGAAGGUACAUCAGUGUAUAUAUGGAACUUCUGAUUAUGGUAUCCAGCAUAACAGAUCACAAUAGUAUAAUACAAAAAAAAUAUUACCCCAUGUUAAUAUGUCUUCAUUAUGAAUGUGAUUUAGGAUAUUUGUGACUGGAAAGUAAAAAGCCCUGAAUGCUGCUGACUGAGCUGGUAUUUACACAAAAUGUACAGUUGUAAACAAAAAAAAACAAAAAGAAUUCCAAUUAGAGUUAAGAUUGAACAAAACAUUGAGAGUUACAAGAGUCGCCAAUGAAAACCAAAUGUUCCCCACCAACGGAGUAUCAAAAGACAAACUUGAUUCCAGCCAUUACGCUUAUUGUUGUACAAAGCAGAUAUUUCAAAUUUGUUCAGACUUUCUUUUUCUUGGUAAUAAAAAGGAAAUUAAGAUCCUUGUUCUGUUUGCCAAAAUCUUAUGUUCUUGUAUUCCAAUCUGCAUUUGCCUGUUUCAGUUUCUAUGGUGUUUUUUGUGGGAAUAUGUGAAACAUGAAGCAUGCUUGAUACUAUCUAAAUGUCUAAUGUUCAUGUUUGAUAGGGAUUGAGUUUUUAUUUUCCUUUUUUGGAGUUGACCUUUGUGAGGUUAUGUUACUAUAGUUUUUUAAUCGAGCAUGUUUCAGAAGCACAAACUGAAUGGCACAUACCCAGGCUAUAUAAAUUAUUAGCUUGAUGCUUGCAUAGAUCACCAAGAGAAAACAUUUUCUAUUUUAUCCCUGUUUCCAGAAGGGUAAUAUUAUUAUUUGUUAGGAAGUUGUGAUGGAUAAAGCUGGGCUAAAUACAGCAUUAAUGUUUGUAGUCUCGUGUAAUUAUUUUUCAAAUGCUUUGACAAAAUGAUCAUACAAUACCAAAUCGUAGAUUACAACUGAGAAAAACAUAUUUUUCCAUGAUUUGUAAUAUGUUAUUACUGACUGCUUAUGUCUACCCCAAAGCUAUAGAAAACUUAAGAAAAGCACUGUUCACAUAGGCCACUGCAAAGGUUUUAAAAUGUAAUAUAGUUUUAAAAUGUCUAAUAUAUUGAGUCAAAUAGAAUAGAUGGGCAGUUUUUUUUUUUUUCAUAUGGCCUCUUUUUAGUGUGUAUACCAUAUUGGAAAUAACUGUAUUUUGUGUAAAACUGGUGGAAAGCUAAGGUGGUCAUCCACAUCUGUUUCAAUCAUCAAAGAUUUGCGUAAUGUACAGUAGACUGGCUUUUUAACUGUUCCGUAUAUGUAACUGUGCUUACUAAAAAAAAAAAAAAAAAAAUUGAAAUUAAGGUGCAAAUGUGGAGGUAUCUCUUCAUUUUCGUGGUUUUGUCUGUCACUGCCUUUUUGUGUUUGUUUCUUACUGAGGUGUUUACAUUUUAGAAAGGCUUAGGCGCAAAUACUUUUCUUGUGUUUCAUGGUUCAACCAUUCCCAAGGCACGAUUUUUUUUGUCAAGCUCGCUGCAAACUUGAUUUUGCAAAAAAAAAAAAAUUUAUAGAAAUAAAAUGUGACAGAGGUUAAUUUUAGGGUUAAAAAUGUUUCAUUUAAUAUUCAUGCAAGUAUUCAAUUAUUGUGCUUUUUCAGAAAGUGUAAUUAUUUUUCUAAAGUAAAUGAAAAUGUGAGACGGGAAUAGAUACUGAAAAUGACAACAGUAAGACACCAUCUCAAGAACAGUUUUAUAAUUUUUGAAGACAAUGUGGCAUUUAAAAAAAAUUAAGAGAGGAGGCUUUUUUCUGCUUGGUUGUGGCAUGAAUGUUCUUUGGUAAAAUAGCCCAUUCUGGAAGGAUCAUAUUUGUCAAAAUGUUGAACUUGAAUACGUGAAAAUAUGUAUUUUAUUGAAUAUGUCAUGCUCUUUCUUACUUUGUAUUAAAGUGUUGAAAUAUU